GAAAGCAGUAUGGCGCAGAAGCGUACCCACAGUCGAUUCCACGACGUCGGAAUGGUUUAGUGCCGCCUGUAACUUCGCGUUAGAAAGGUGAAUAUUCAACGGUUUACGUCGAAGAACUCGACAUCGAUCCUCUGCAGAAUGAGCAGUUUCAGAUGCAAAUGAUAUUUCCGUUCGUAGAGUACGUAUUCGGGUACACAGGCGGCAGAUAAAAACGUAAAGGCCCGAUUGCACGAGUUCCUUUCACACCGAUUGCAACAAUCCAAAAUGCCGUUUACAGCAGAUGCUGCAGCCACUCAGAUACAGGAACGAUUGAAAAAUCUCUAUCACCUGGUGCACGAGAUCGAAACGCAUAGAGUUCGCUCGGAGCACAAUCUGAAUAAUAUUAUGAAAUCGUACGAGAAAGUAACGCCAGAGGACAAGGUAUCCUCGUAUUACCAACAGAGGCUGAAGAAUCUCAAUGCGGCGAUCGCCGACUCCCAGCAGGAAGAGGAAAUCCUGCGUAAGGCAUUAGGAAAAAUUAAUGAAAUUCGAGCGAUUAGGAACGAGAGACGAAUACAGGCUCGGAAUGCGGGAAAUAAAGAAACCAUUCGUCGGGGUGCUCUGAUGAAGAUGGUACUGAGCACCGCGCAGACGCUCCCUCUAUACGUAGGCAAAACAUCAGGGGCGAAACCACCCCCUUUGUGCGGAGCAAUCCCAGCAGAGCCUACGUAUAUUGCUAAAAUGGGAGACAUGGUGGCUGCUUUCGUGAAAGGUUCCGAAGAAGAGGACUGGAUCUUAGCGGAAGUAGUCCAGUUCAAUCCUACGACGAAUAAAUACGAAGUGGACGAUAUCGACGAGGAGCAAAAGGAUAGGCACAUCUUGUCGAGGCGAAGAGUGGUGCCUCUCCCAUUGAUGAGGGCUAAUCCUGAGACAGAUCCUCAUGCUCUUUUCCCCAAAGGAUCCAUCGUGAUGGCACUGUACCCCCAAACGACUUGUUUCUACAAGGCAGUCGUGAAUCAGUCACCUACCACAGCCACCGAGGAAUAUGAAGUCUUAUUCGAAGACGCGAACUACGCGAGCGGAUACUCGCCGCCCUUAAAAGUCGCUCAACGUUACGUGAUUUCCAUCAAGGAAAGUAAGAAGAACAAGAGUCAAUGUUGAUGGACGAUUUAUUGCCGAAUCGUGCCAAUAUUGUCUUCGAUACGUCAUUCUUGCGUUUGUAUAUUACCGAUAGACUACGUACAAACAUGCGUUUUUGUACCAAAGACGCUGAUCAACUGUAAUAAAGUAUAUGAUUUUCGAUAAUUA